GGCACCCCUCGGCCUGGGUACUUACCCCCUCCCUCCCUCUGCCGAGCGACCCAGCCCCCUUGCUCCCUGGAUCUUCUUCCUCCUCGGCCGAGCGCCGCCACCCAUCCCGCUGCCGAGCGCCCAUCGUCUUCCUCCUCGCGCGAGCGCCUCCACCGCAGUCAUGUUCGGACGCAUGCCAAAGAAGACCAGCAACAACACCAAGUAUUACGAGGUGCUUGGUGUGUCCAAGACAGCAACCCCGGAUGAGCUGAAGAAAGCUUAUCGGAAAGCUGCUAUAAAAAACCACCCUGAUAAGGGUGGAGACCCUGAGAAGUUUAAAGAAUUGGCACACGCAUAUGAUGUUCUUAAUGACCCUGAAAAGAGGGAAAUUUAUGACCAAUACGGAGAAGAUGCACUCAAAGAAGGAAUGGGAGGAGGCAGCAGCGAUAUGCAUAGUCCGUUUGACAUAUUUGAACAACUAUUUGGUGGUGGCGGCGGCGGUUUUGGAGGUGGUAGUUCAAGGGGACGCAGACAGAAGCGUGGUGAAGAUGUGGUGCACACCAUGAAGGUUUCGUUAGAAGACUUGUACAAUGGUGCUACCAAAAAGCUAUCUUUAUCACGCAAUGUUCUCUGUGGAAAGUGCAAGGGAAAAGGAUCAAAGAGUGGGGCAACGGCUACUUGUCAUGGUUGUCGUGGUGCGGGAGUGAGGAUGAUAACAAGGCAGAUAGGGCCUGGCAUGAUCCAACAGAUGAAUACUGUCUGCCCUGAAUGCAGAGGAGCAGGUGAGAUGAUAAGCGAGAAGGAUAAAUGCCCGAGCUGCAGAGGGAAUAAAGUAGCCCAGGAGAAGAAGGUCUUGGAGGUUCAUGUGGAGAAAGGAAUGCAACAUGGCCAAAAGAUUGUAUUCCAGGGUGAAGCUGAUGAAGCUCCUGAUACAGUGACGGGUGACAUCGUUUUUGUCUUGCAACUUAAAGAGCACCCAAAAUUUAAGAGGAAGUCCGACGACCUAUAUGUGGAGCAUACAAUCUCUCUUACUGAGGCUCUUUGUGGCUUCCAGUUUGUUCUGACACAUCUUGACGGUCGUCAGCUUCUAAUCAAAUCCAAUCCCGGGGAGGUUGUGAAGCCUGGUCAACACAAGGCCAUAAAUGAUGAGGGCAUGCCUCAGCAUGGCCGACCUUUCAUGAAAGGCCGUUUGUUUGUUGAGUUCGGCGUUGAGUUCCCUGAGCCUGGGGUACUCAGCCCAGGCCAAUGCCGAUCACUUGAGAAGAUUCUGCCACCAAGAGCAGGGAACCAGCUGUCUGACAUGGAGCUGGAUCAGUGUGAGGAGACCACCAUGCACGAUGUGAACAUAGAAGAGGAGAUGAGGCGCAGGCAGCAUCAGAGGCGGCAAGAAGCAUAUGACGAGGAAGAGGAGGAUGAUGGUGCACCAAGGGGUGUGCAGUGUGCCCAGCAGUAAGAACAUGUCGGUUAUGCGCAUCUGUGUCAAGCAGUGUCUCCAGUGAAGUCCAAUUGGUCGUUUUCAUUUGCCCGUCUAAAGUAGCUGAUCUGAUGCAUUGUGUUAUUAAAUUUUGUUGUCUAAGAUGACGAGUUUGUCAGUCAUAAUCAUUGUCAUUUUGUUGGCCUAUUGCCUGCUAUCUUGUACUAUUUUUAACUUAUACUUCGAAGUGAUAUUGAGACUUUGUUGGCAGAAUCAGGCCUUUGUGUUA